AUGAUCUCAAAGGUAGCCAACACAAAAUUACCCACACAAAAAGAAAACGAAGAGGAAAAUAUUGAAAAACCAAUUCAAAAUAUACCAUAUAGGGAAGAUCUACUUCAAAAUUUAUGGAAAGAUUUUGACAAGGAAGUUCAACAGCACCAACAACCAAGCAACCCAACAGCGUCAGCCAUUGUUGAGGUAGACAUAUAUUUAGAAGAAAUCAUUUUACUGAGAAAAGAUAGCUUCAGUAUAUCCCAGGCUCCUCUAUUGUGGUGGCACCAAAGAAAGCACAUUUACCCCAAAAUUAUACCGAAUUAUGAAGACUAUGCUUUGUAUUAUGGCUACAUUUGCCGUGUGAAAGGAUAUUUUUUAAGACCGGACAGAUAG